UCUAGUGAUUUAAUAUUCUCCACAAUAGCGUUCGACCUUCUAUUGAAAUAACCGGCUUUUGACAAAUAUAUGAUAAAAUCCUAAAGGAGAAGCGGAGAGAUCUAGAAGUAGCAGCUAGCCGGUGAUGGAUCUGGGAUGACCUCAGUAUUUACUAAAUUCGUACUCAAAAAUCUGUCUUCAAAACAUCACACUUUAAUGAAGGUACGAAUUUAAGAAUAGAUGCAUUGCCAUACAUAAGUUGUGAGACAGAGGUGCCAAACCUUACUCUAAAGUAUUCGUUGUAAAAUGAACAAUGAAACGAGCUGCACAAGUCUAAACAGAGGUUGGACUGAAUUUAUGAGCCGCACUCCAGCUACCAUUGCUGUAGAGACUAGUAUUUUACUCCUUAUUGGACUAGUUGCCAUUGGAGGAAAUCUUCUUGUAGUACUCUCCAUCUAUCGUAAUCCCAGCCUUCGUACCAUUACUAACUACUUCGUACUAUCACUAGCAGUGUCUGAUAUUCUAUACCCGGUUUCUGUGAUCUCGAUUACUGUCGUGGCUUCCAUCCGUGGUCGUUCCUCGGUUGGAAGUCACGUGUGUGGUUUUCAAGCGAUUUUUUCUUCUAGUCUCGUGGUUGUGUCUGUCAACACUAUUACACUGAUGGCCAUCAAUCGAUUCGUCCGCGUUUGUAAGCCACAAAAAUACAAGAAAAUAUUCCACAGGAAAACGUCAAUCACCAUGAUUGGUGCGGUUUGGAUCGCAAGUUUUACUGGGAUGACACUAAUCAACAGCAUGGGCGUUUCUGUGUACUCACGUCUUAGCCCUUACAAAAUAAUGUGCGUUUUCGCAUACUACGAUAACAAGAAGCCAAGAAUCAUAAUCAGCAACUUGCCCCACGUUUUCUGCCUUUUUCUACCAUUCACAAUCAUCGUUUACUGCUACUUUAAAGUUUUCAAGAAAAUACGCGAACACAAAAGAAACGUGGCUCCUUCGAAUCAGGGUAGACUGGGAACGAGCGUCCAAGAGAUCAAAGUCACGUGGGUAUUGUUCACAAUGUUGGUGGGGUACUGCUUGACUUGGGUUCUAGUGCUUGGUGUUCUGUUAGCGUCAAGUAUCAGCUGCAGAUAUGAGUAUCAACUGCCUCGUGAGAUUCACAUGAUCGUAACUUAUGGGAUAGCAAGCGGUAGCAUCCUUAAUCCUAUAAUUUAUGGCGUAUUCAAUAUGGCCUUUAGACUAGAGUACAAGAGAAUACUCAUUCAAUGGUAUUCUUGUACGUAAGAUAUAUAUUAACCAUUCCAAGGUUGGAUCAAGUUGGCAUUGCAAUGCAUUUUGGGGCUGUUUUAGGGGACGAAAUAGACGCCAUCUUGGAAAUAUCUCCCCUAAAACAAUCACAAAAUGCACCGCAAUGCCUAUUUGACCUAGUUUUUUCCUCAACCUCUGCAUGGCUAAUUGAAUGAGAAACCGCCGGUCCACUACGUUUGAUAGCUAGGUUAAUUUUAUUGUCAAGCUUUUGGCCAUAUUGUCAAGCCUUCAACAUGUAAUGAAAAUAUUUGGUUGCAAAUGGUCAUAAGAUAUAUAUAAUCUAGCAUUUGAGAAACCUCU